UUCUUUUCAUCACAGUAAUGACGUCAGUAGUAACACGUGGUUUUGUUGUUACAGGAAGUGAAGAUGGCGGCCCAGUCGCUGCUCUCCGAAUCUGUGCUCGGGUGGUCGAUUUUCACGUUUAUACUUUUGGCAAUCCUGGCUUUCUGUUGGGUCUAUAUUCGAAAAUUCCAAAGUCGUCGAGAGAGCGAAGUUAUUUCAACCAUCACAGCAAUAUGUGCACUGGCCAUCGCCCUAAUAAGUUCUGCACUUCUGCCAGUGGAUAUAUUCCUGGUCUCAUUCAUGAAGUAUCCCAACGGUACCUACAAGGAGUGGGCAGCGAACAAUGAAACCAGAGGGCAAAUUGAAGACACUGUGCUGUACGGCUAUUACACCUUGUACUCCAUCAUACUGUUCUGUGUCUUCUUGUGGAUUCCCUUCGUGUAUUUCUACUAUGAAGAAAAGGAUGAUGACAAUGUCAACAAAUGCUCACAAGUAAAAAACGCUCUCAAGUACACGGUUGGAUUUGCCAUUGUCUGCGUGGCUCUUCUUUUAAUUGGAGCUUUUGUUCCUCUUCAAGCCCCGCCUGGUCAGAAUUCCACUCAGUUCGAUAAAGUUCAGUACCUGUUUGAGGAGCUCGGGGGUAGUCAUGGUCUGCCUGCUCUGUCCUUCUCCAUCAGCACGUUGACCUUGAUUGGCAUGUUGGCCGUCAUCACUUACACGGCUUAUGGUAUGUCUGUGCUGCCUUUGAAUCUGAUAAAAGGCACGCGGAGUGUGGCGUACGAACGUCUGGAGAACACAGAGGACAUUGACGAUGUUGAGCACCAGAUAGAAAACCUCAAGUCCAAGUGUAAAGACGGACGUCCCCUUUCCUCAAGGGACAGACGCAACCUGCAGGAGCUGGAGGGCAAACUGCAGGUUCUGCACCGCAGGGGGAGACACCUGGAAAUUGCUGAGAGGAACUGCUGCACCCGAGUGGGCAGUGCUCUCAGACCUCUCAAGAUAUUGUUGGGCAUCUUCUUUAUUCUGGUUGCGCUCCUGUUUACUGUUGCUCUAUUUAUUUCAAAUUUGGAUAAAGCUCUCCACUCAGCCGGCAUCAGCUCUGGGUUCAUAAUCUUUGGCACCAACCUGACAAAUCCUCUGAAUGAACUUCUGUUAGUUCUACAACCUGUUUUUCCACUGGAUUAUAUUCUCAUCUCUGUCAUCACCAUGUACUUCGUUCUGACGUCCAUGGCCGGUAUACGUAACAUGGGCAUCUGGUUUUUCUGGAUCAGACUAUACAAAAUAAGGCCAAAGAAAACCCGUCCUCAGGCUCUGCUCUUCCUCUGUAUGAUUCUCCUUCUGAUUGUCCUUCACACCAGCUACAUGAUUUACAGCUUGGCCCCUCAGUAUGUCAUGUAUGGCAGUCAGAAGUAUCUUGUGCAGCAUCAGAUGCCCUCUGCAGAUCCUACAUCUGGGAACUCCACUUUUAGUACAACAAAGAUCUGUGACGCUGAUGCACCUGAGGAUCAGUGCACCGUGACCAGAUCCUAUCUUUUCUUGCACAAGUUCUGGUUCUUCAGUACCAUCUACUAUUUUGGAAACUGGGCUUUCAUCGGCGCCUUCCUCAUUGGUCUGGUGGUCUCCUGCUGCAGGGGGAAGAAGUCUGUGAUCGAAGGAGAGGUGGAGGCCGAUGACUCAGACAUAAGUGAUGACGAAUAUGUGCACUGAAAAAAAAACGUAAUUCCUCAAUCAAACGCACAGGCAUGUUGACCACUAACCUAAACAGCACGGCAGUACAAUUUAAUAAACAUAAGACAGUAAUUAAGGCUAAUUUGACCUUGUGUAGUCGCAUAUUUGUCCGGAGGAGUUAUUGCCACCGUGUCUCGUGUGAAGUCCAGACCAGUUUUGAGUCGAAGCAUCACUCCAUUCUCCGAGAGGCCGCUCUGACCGAUUGUUGUGUCUUCCUCGGUCGAUGUUAUUGAUGGCUUCGGGAUGCGGGGAGUGUCCACCAACUCAAUUCUGGGCCGAGAGCUCCGCUUCUGAGCUGGUUUACGUUGACGCAAAUUGGCCAUUUCUCUUCUGGUGGAGACUCAUUUUUAUGGCAGCUCAGACACAUUUGGAAAAAAAAAUUUGGAAUCAGGUGAAAUUUACUUUUUCUCCCCCAUCUCUAAGCAGCGUCUGGAUGCCUUGAAUGAUCACCUAAUCACAGUAUUUAUAGAUCGUCUGAGUGCACUUUUCAACAUUUAAUGGGUGGAGGUAAAUUGCUGCGCCCGCUUGUUUUCUAAAAGGCUAAUUGGUCAAAAAUUAUACCUUUUGACAGGAGUGACAUUCUUUAGAUGUAUUCUAUUCUUCUUGUUCUGUUUAUCAGAAAGAGGGUGGGGGAACCGCUUGCGAAUUUGCAGCUUUUCAAACCUUCAUAUUCUUAUCUGUAUUACUGAGGCAGAUGACACUGUACUUGCAGUACUGCACUGUUUAUGAGAUAUAAAGGACCAACUGUAGCUCUGGUGCUUUCUGGGUUUCAGUUUUUAGUUUUUCUGAGUAUUGUUACAAGAACUAUCAGUAAUGUAAGUGGAAUUUUUUGUAGUUCCAGCAGCAAGUUUAAAAAAAAAAGAAAAACCUAAAAUAUUAAUAUAUAAACAUGGACCUGACUUAUUGUUAGUGCCUCAUGAAUGGGAAGUGACACGAUGGGCACAGGAAAUGGUACGUGUUUGUUUAAAUAUCUCUGUUACCCUAACAGAAAUAUCGGUAUUAUUCCCCCUUUUUUUCCCCCAAAUAUUAUCUUGUAAUAAUAAAAAGUUGGUAAUGGCCGGGCUAAAAAAAAAUCUUCUGUCAAACUCUUGAUUUUGAAUGAAAUCUGUAUUUAAAUAAAACUAUUUAAACGAGAUGUUUUCCAUGACAGUAGUGUCAUUUUACCAUGUAUACAUUUGACAUUUUUAGAUAAUUGUACCUUUCAAUAAAACAUGGGCGAACUGCA